AUGUUUUUCACAAGGAGAAUUACGUACAGUCUUAAGCAAAUAGGCGAAAAUAUAGUAACUAUUCCAAAACUACAAACAAAGUUUAAUCUUAGAAUUUUGCAUAAAGGAAACUUGGCUGUUAAUUCAGUGAGACACCAUUCUACAGAACAACCCGAAUGGGACCUGAAUUAUGAAGAAAUUGCGAACGGUGAUGAGGAACUGGUGCACAAAUUGAAAAUAAUAGCUCUGGAAACCGAAGUAAUGCGGCAAGAUGGUAAAUUGGUGCCUGAUAAUUCUUAUCUAAAGCCCAAACAUUGGAGGGAAUUGUUAACUAAAUCUUCUCGAUCUGCACGCCAGAAAUAUUUAACUUACCUGUUUAAAUUGGAGAAAAAGGAUGAAAACAGACAAGCGAAAUCUGAGGAAAAGCGAAAGAUGUACGAAGAGUACUUGGCCAAAAAAGAGGAGGAGAAAGCAACAAAGCCUGAAAUGUCUCUCGAAGAAUUCGCUUCCUCAUAUAGUUUACAGCACAACAACAUAUUCCUGAGAUUCUACGACACAACUAUAAAUCACAUGUACAACAACAGGCUUAUCAAAGCAAUCCAGUUUGGUCAGAAAUUAGUUGUAGAUUUAGGGUAUCACGGAGAUAUGACUAAACGGGAAAAUACAAAUUGUGCAAAACAACUUAUGUUGCUGUUUGCUGACAAUCGACUGAGCGACGAUCCUUUUGAUCUUCACUUUUGCAAUGCUGAUAAGGAUAGCGAUUUAUACAAGGAAUUAAUAAAGUUUAUCCCAAUUGCGGAGGAACCGUGGUUCCCUUUGAACAUACACGAGUGUAGUUACCUGGACGUGUUUCCUAAAGAACAGUUGGUUUACUUAACUCCACAUGUUAGGGAAGAAGUAAAAGAGUUCGAUCAUGAUACUGUAUAUAUCGUUGGUGGUAUAGUUGAUAAAGUAAAUCAAGAACCAUUGUCGUUAGCUAAAGCUAAAAGAGAAGGUCUGAAAAUGGCGAAAUUGCCUUUGGAUAGUCACCUUCUGUGGGGAGCUGGAUCAGGAAAAAGCCUUACUAUUAAUCAAGUGGGAGCAAUUUUAAUGGAUCAAAAAGUUUCUGGUAACUGGGAGUAUUCCCUAAGGCAUGUGCCAAGAAGAAAACUAUUCUCUGAAGAAAAUACUUUAAAAGCUAUCGAUAGAGCAUAUUCUAGGAAAAGUGUAACUGAAAGAAUUAGGAAACCAUUUUAUGGUAAAGUAAACUUUGAUAAGCUAAAUUACAAUAAUAUGUCGAAACCGAUCAGAAACCAAAAACAAGACGAACAGAAACGAGUAGAUAUAAAAAAUCUUUUUAACGAAUAAGUUUACUUAAGUUAUUUUUAUAAUUACAUAGAAAUACAAUUAGAAACGGACAUUUAGCGUUUCAUUUUUUGUCCAAUUUCAAAAAUCCCGACGUAUUUGAGAAAUAUUUAGCGUUUGCUUCGUUAACUUUAACUUCAGCGGCUUGCGGAUUGACAAUUUCCAAUCCUUGCAAAGGCGUAAAGGCCACACUCGACGCCGUACCGGAUAUUUGUUUCUUCACAGUGGUACUUCCUCCCCAUAUUUGCUGUUUCUGCAGAUUCUUCUGCAGCGUUUUGGAUAUCCUAACUUUGGUUUUUUCGUCGACUUGAGGCAGACGAAUUCUCCCCGUGCCCGCUUUACCGAUCGUACCCCUGGUAUAUCCCAAAUCCUCUUGGUAAGCAUCGUCUUCGAUAUCGGCGAAAUUCAUCCUGUUGGCGUGCUUCCUGAAUUCCGUAAUGGCGUAUCGCUCCUUCAUUUUUCGCACCCUCUUCCCGCCGCGCUUCUUUUUGGACUGAUCGAUGGGCUUCGGCAAGGGCUUGACGAAUUUCACGGGAGGCGGUUCCUGGAGUUUGUCCAGUUUCCGUUCGAUUUCGUCUCUUAAUUGGGUGCCAAUGCGGCCGUCCGAGCUCUCGUGGCAGGCGUCCACUCUUGCGGCUAAAGUGCAUUUCGUGGCGACCAGUCGGGCAGCCUUUCUUCUCAUAUCGGGCGGUGUGUUUUGCACGAUUUCCGAGUAGUAGAUGAACCCGGUGUGGGGCAACAUGGUGGUUUGCGAGAAACCCGAUAGGGAUUUCUUUUGUUGGCCCAAGAGCAGGACGUUGCAAGCGGGGAUCUUCGAUAGUCUCGUUAACCCCCCAGCUACACCCAUCAGCUUUGCCGCGAUAGACGAGCCUAAUAUUACCGAGAUGUUGGGGGCGAUAAAAGACAUUCUGCUUUCAACGUAUUCGUAGAUUCUCAAUUUGAAGUUGUUGAGCUCCAUUGCCAUGUCGCAGGCUUCGUCUAUUUGUUCUUUCUCGCCUUUGGAUAGCAGAGAACCUUGCGUAGUCGAUGCAGUUACGGAUACGACCAUUAUAGUAGCUUGAGUUAGGAACUGUUGAAGUAUUUCAUUGUUUUUGGCCUGGUCUAGAUCGUUGCCUAAUUCUUUUACGGUGCGUAAAUAUUCCAACGGGCUUACGACUAAAGAAUCGAGUUCGGGAAAUCUCUUUUGGUACUUGUCUCGCACGAAUUUGUGCACAGUUAUGAUUUCGUUAUCGAUGUCCUGUGCUAAAUUGUUCGCUUCGACGAUUAACUGGUACUCGGGGUCCGAUUCCACCGGUCCUAUAAUUUCUAUCGACUUUCGUAUUUUGUUUCCGAACAUUUCUAUUUGGUUUAUAAUGUUUUGUAAUUUUUCUGAAUCUCUAAGUUUGCAAAUUUCGCGUACCGAAUUAAUUUGGGUCGUAUCGAAUUCCGGCAAAAAGUCUAUAUCCUCUUUUUCCUCCUUUACUUCGAUGUUGUUCUCCAUGUCCAUGGGCUUCUCCAAAUCGUCGUAGUCAUUUUCCUCCAAAUCGGCUAGUAAUUCAUCAGCCAAAGACAUUUUUAAUUAUUGAAAUUAAUAAAUAUCACUCUCACUUCACAACAAAAUUAAAAACAUAACCUUCAAAAUGCG